AUGUUGGACGACCAGAGCAUAUGGGACACGAUAGGAAAGGCAAGUUCUUUCUGCUCUUUCAAAAUGAAGACACAGACGGACGUUUUGUGCAGGAAUGCAAAUAACGUCUCCGGAAUGUGCAGCAGAGCAACAUGUCCUUUGGCAAACUCCAAGUAUGCAACGAUCCGGGAAAUAAAAGGGAAGCUGUAUCUUUUAAUGAAAGAGCCUGAAAGGCGGCACAGGCCGCGCUCUCUGUACGAGAAAGUGGAGCUGCCCGAGGACUACGACAAGGCCUUGGAAAUGGUGUCGCAGGAGCUGGAGAGCUGGGACCGGAUGCUGGUGCACAAGUGCAAGCAGCGGCUGACAAAGCUCUCAGACUAUUUGGAGAGAAAAGCCCUGCUGGACAAAAUGGGCCGGCCAGAGUAUCUGUACAGGAGGAGAAAGGCGGAGAAGCAGGACCGAGCCCGCGAGGCCAAGGCCGCCAAGCUGGCGAAGGUUGAAAGCAGCAUCGAGAAGGAGGUCCUGGAGAGGUACAAGCUGGGGGUGUACGGAAACAAGGGAAUGCUUGAGCAGGAGAAAGCGACCGUGCAGGAGGAGCGGCGGAAGAAGCUGGGCCUGGUGCAGACCCGAGGAAUCAAGUAUGUUGUCGAGUUUGAGGACGAGGCCGAAGAGGCCCCGGAGGAGGAGAAGGCGAAGAAGAAAAUGAAGAUGGAGUGGUAG